AUGUUGUUCUAUGCACAGGCUGAAAAAACAGCUCGCAUGAAGGCUGAAACCAAAGAAAAAACUUUGAAGACAUUCUUGCUGUCUCAGAGGCAUAUUGUUUACACUGAUCCUGUGGAUGUAAAAGCAGGACAAGAUGUUACUGUGUAUUACAAUCCCUCUAAUACUGUUCUGAAUGGGAAGCCAGAAGUUUGGUUUAGAGGUUCCUUUAAUCAAUGGACCCAUCGUAGAGGUCCAUUGCCCCCUCAGAAAAUGUACCCUGCCGAGAAUGGUACUCAUGUCAAGACAACUGUCAAGGUGCCAUUGGAUGCGUACAUGAUGGAUUUUGUUUUCUCUGAGUGGGAAGAUGGUGGAAUUUUUGACAACAAAUUUGGUAUGGAUUACCAUGUACCUGUCUUUGGUGGGAUAGCCAAAGAGCCUCCAAUGCAUAUUGUUCAUAUAGCUGUCGAAAUGGCUCCUAUUGCUAAGGUGGGUGGCCUUGGAGAUGUUGUGACUAGCUUGUCUCGUGCUGUUCAAGAUUUAAACCAUCAUGUUGAUGUAAUUCUUCCAAAGUAUCAGUGCUUGAACCUUAAUCAUGUGAAGGACUUCCAUCACGCAAAGAGCUAUUCAUGGGGUGGUACUGAGAUAAAAGUUUGGUUUGGGAAGGUUGAAGGCUUGUCUGUCCACUUUUUGGAGCCUCUCAAUGGAUUGCUCCAGACUAAUUCUGUCUAUAUUGGUAAAAAUGAUGGCGAAAGAUUUGGUUUCUUUUGCCAUGCUGCACUCGAAUAUCUCCUCCAAAGUGGAUUUCAUCCUGAUAUAAUUCAUUGCCAUGAUUGGUCAAGUGCUCCAGUGGCAUGGCUGUAUAAAGAGCAUUAUGGGCAGUAUGGUCUUACUAAUGCUCGUGUUGUUUUCACUAUACAUAAUCUCGAGUUUGGGGCAUACUUCAUUGGAAGAGCAAUGGAAUAUGCAGACAAGGCUACAACUGUUUCAAAUACCUAUGCAAAGGAGGUUGCUGGAAAUCCUGCAAUUGCUCCUCAUUUGUACAAAUUUCACGGCAUAUUAAAUGGGAUUGAUCCAGAUAUAUGGGAUCCUUUCAAUGAUAAGUUCAUUCCAGUAAAUUACACAUCAGAAAAUGUUGCAGAAGGUAAAAAAGCAGCUAAGGAAGCUUUACAACAAAGGUUUAGCAUAAAAAAAGGUGAUUUCCCAUUAGUGGGAAUAAUUACUCGUUUAACUCAUCAGAAAGGAAUCCAUCUCAUCAAGCAUGCCAUUUGGCGCACUAUAGAACGUGGCGGACAGGUUGUGUUGCUGGGCUCUGCUCCCGACCCACGCAUACAGCAAGAAUUUGUUGAUGUUGCAAAUCGAUUGCAUAAUAUGCAUCAUGACCGUGCUGGCCUUUGUUUGAAUUACGACGAACCUCUUUCACACUUGAUAUAUGCAGGUGCAGAUUUGAUUCUUGUCCCCUCAAUAUUUGAGCCAUGUGGCCUAACCCAGCUUGUUGCUAUGCGAUAUGGUUCAAUACCAGUUGUUCGCAAAACUGGAGGACUUCACGAUACUGUAUUUGACGUUGAUCAUGACGUAGAGAGAGCAAGAGCACAAGGUUUGGAACCUAAUGGAUUCAAUUUUGAAGGAGCUGAUCCUGCCGGGGUAGAUUAUGCUCUUGAUAGGGCUAUAUCAGCUUGGUAUGAUGCAAAGGAAUGGUUCAACACAUUGCGCAAGCGUGUGAUGGAACAAGACUGGUCUUGGAAUCGGCCUGCACUAGAGUAUAUGGAACUUUAUCACGCAGCAUGGAAAAACUGAGGAUCUCACUCUGGCUUAGACAAAAGGGUUUAGGACAUUCUACAGAUUGU